AUGCUGCUUUCUGCAGAGUGCUAUAAAACAGAGGCGGUCAAGUCUUCACUUAUGACUAAGAAUCCAUUCAAUAUUUACAGCUGCCUUCUGGUGGUUUUGGGAUGCCUCCUGGGAACAGGACAUGCUCAAAGUAACGCCGAAUUCACGGAACAAGCUCGCCAAAUGUUGGCGAUCUAUGCCAAUCCAAAGGCUCAUAUCACCACUAAACAGCGCAAUUUGCCCGAAUUGGCAGACUUCUACGAGAAAUACUCCAGUCGCCUAGAACUCACAGAUGAGGAGCGUUCAUCCAUAGACACUGCCGUAAAAAAAUACAGGGAACAAGAAGCAUUGCAAGAAGAUGGUGUGCCACCUCAAGGAGGAUUUUGGAUGUUCAUAUUGCCUGUCGUUAUCGAUCUUAUUAUGGGAGCGGCCAACAAAGCUUUGGCCGAUUGAAAAAGUCGGUGGAACUCAAGAACUUUGCUAAAAAAUGUCAUUUCUUAAUGUUGGUAAUAUGAAUGUAAAUAUAACAUAAAAAGAAAAUAAACCAAAACUCGAACUUGACAAUAAGAAAAUCUACUACAAUACCUAUAUAUUAAUCUCUUUCGAUUCUUGAAAUAGAACAUUCCUUGUAAUAACGUGUUCUCCUUAUUUUGCAUUCAAGGAAUUCAAGAAAACUAUGUCUUGAUAACGCGAUUGCAUCCAGCAUGCUAUAAAUACAGAGGCGCUUAACACUUUACUUAUGAGUUUCAAUCAAAGAGUACACAGUGCAACAUCAGCAGAAAAAAGAUGAAUUUCGCAUUACGAUUGAGGUAAACAGAUGUCGAAGUUCGAAACCGAGUUGCUAAGAGCCGUUUAAUAUUUUUAGCUACCUUCUGCUUGUUUUGGGAUGCGUUUUGGAAUCAGGACGUGCUCAAAGUAACGCCGAAUAUACGGCUAAGGCUCAUCAAAUGUUGGCAAUCUACGACAAUCCAUCGACCGAUAUAAACAUUAAAAUACGUCAUUUGCCCGAAUUGGUUACGUUCUACGAGAAGUUUUCAAAGCAAUUUCGACUUACAAGAGGGGAAAAUGUGGGUUUAGCCAAUUUGGUCAGGCGCUACAAGGCUUAUUCAGUAUCGGGAGCUGAUGAAGGACCUUGGGCUCUAAUCCUUCCCUUUAGUGAGUUGGUUGUGGAAGGCAUAAAGUCUGCCAGAAUAUGAGGUAAAGCAUUAAAACCGUGUAAAAAAACAAAUGAACCAAAUUUAGAAUAAUACAAUGUAAAACAAAAUAUUGAAGGAAUAUCUCGAACUUGAAAUAUUUUGGGAACAAUAAAGAGAGUGUCUUGUUGUCUGCAGUUCCCUAACCUUUUUUUUGUUUUUGUGGCAGAGGGUCAAGUGUUAUUGCCAUGGAAAUGGGGAUUUUCUGCCCGUUUGUGAAUCAAUAUCCUUUGCAAGGAGCAUUUCCUGUUGACAGGUGAGCAUUGUCGAUUGUCAGCCUGCCGUUGACAAUUUGUAAAUGACAUCUGACAUGCGGAAACAGAAGUGCGAUCCUGGGACCCGGCAGUCGACAUCGAGUGGAUUUUAUGCAAAUUGGCAAAUUUGAGCCCAGAUCCCGGCUCUCCUUUGUCAAGUGGCUGCUCCUGUGUAUCCUGCGGGAAGUUGUUAAGGUCGUCAAGUGGCUGCCAUCGCAAUUAACUGCUUCACAUGCCGAUGAGAGGCCCUCGACUGACUGACGAUUGUUGUUGUCUGCCCCUGACACCAAAAGUGUGUCCAAAUUGUGCGUGGUGCUCACAAAAAAAA